AUGGACCAACCUAGUAUUACUAUAGAUCCUGAUGAGGAAGUAGAUCUUGUUUGCUGGUUAAUUUAUUAUAACCCCACCAGUUAUCAUUCCAAUGCUCGAAAAUUAUAUAAAGCUAUCAAGGAUGAAGGCUACCAUUUUCCAUAUAAAAAAAUUCGCGAGUGGUUGGAGUAUCAACAACAGUACCAAAUUUAUAAGCCUUCUCCAAAACACAUCACUAGAGCUAGCUAUAGUCAGAUAUCACGUCCUAAUUGUGUACACCAGGCUAAUAUACUGUUUCUCACACAUGACAAAUAUAAAGAAAAGACAUACAAAGCAGUAUUAAAUAUAGUGGAUUGUGCGUCAAGAUAUAAGGUCUCGGUUCCUCUCAUGUCAAAGAAAAGUUCAAAAGUUACUAAAGCGUUUAAGAAAAUAUAUAAUAGCCAUAAUUAUCUAUUAACCUGGCCUCGAUUGUUACAAACAGAUAAUGGUCAGGAAUGGAUAGGCGAGACUAGUAGAAUAAUAGAGGAACAUGGUGUAAUAAUUCGAGUUAUUGGUCCAUAUUCUCAUCGUGGUACAGCAAUUGUGGAGAGAUUUAAUAAAACUCUAGCUGAAAUACUAUAUAAGAUUCAAUAUAGCAUUGAAAGUAUAUUCUCAGACCCUAAAUUAAUAAGAGCAUGGGUUAAAUAUUUAUCCAAA